AGGAUCAUCCGAACGUGGGCAAAAGAAAAAAAUAAAAAUAAAAAUUUCUAAGGAGUGGGGAAAAAAGAAAAAGAAAGAUGGGAAGCGAAUGUCAUGAGGUUGUGAGAAAACCAAGAUUUUUGUGCCUUCAUGGAUUCAGAACAAGCGGAGAAAUCAUGAAAAAGCAGGUUGAGAAGUGGCCCGAGUCGGUGCUGGAGAAGAUGGAUCUCGUCUUCCUUGAUGGGCCUUUUCCGGCCCAGGGAAAAUCCGACGUCGACGGGAUUUUCGAUCCUCCCUAUUACGAGUGGUUCCGAUUCAACAAGGAAUUUACGGAGUAUUACAACUUUGAAGAGUGCCUUCAAUACAUAGAAGAUUUCAUGAUUAAGAACGGACCUUUUGAUGGUCUCGUUGGUUUCUCUCAGGGGGCGAUAUUAGCGGGGGGUUUGCCGGGGCUACAAGACAAGGGCGUGGCAUUAACGAAGGUUCCGAAAAUACAAAAUUUGAUAAUAAUAGGAGGAGCAAAAUUCAGGUCACCUGUCGUGGUUGAGAAAGCCUACGCGUCUCCGAUUCAGUGCCCUUCUCUUCACUUUUUCGGAGAGACGGAUUUCUUGAAACCUUAUGGACUUGAGUUCUUGGAAUGCUGUUUAGAUCCUGUAGUGAUUCAUCAUCCAAAGGGCCACACUGUCCCAAGACUUGAUGAAAAGAGCUUGCCCACAGUGCAGAGCUUCAUUGAAAAGAUUCAGAAGACAUUGUCUGAGAAAGAAGAAUAGUUACAAGCAAUAUAUGUGCUUAAAUUGGUCCUGUUGUAGCUUUUUCUUUGAAACGAUUUAGUCUAAUUUGAGGGAGGCAAGAUGGGGGACACAUGGUAAAGCCAAAUUGUAAGGUCAUUCUUUUUUGGAAUUGAAGAUUGUCAUAGUAUUCAAAAUAUAAGAAAUCCUAAUUUUACUCUAA